GGAAUUAUUGUUCCGGCGUGUUUAAGAAACCUACAUGUCCGUAAAUCUUUGGUUGUGAGACAGUUAGUUUCGUUUCAGGAGCGAAAAGUCGGCCAGUUAGCGUAACAUGAAUGUUGCUGUAGUUCAUUAAGAAAUCAUCAUGACGUCGUUGGCCCACCAGCUGAAGAGGCUCGCGCUGCCUCAGAACGACCCCAACCUGCUGACACGCAGGGAGGUCGCCUCGCUCCUCUUCGACCCCAAAGAUGCCGCCGCCAUGGACAGAAGCACCUUCUACGCCCUCGGCUGCACAGGGUUUGAGGAGCUGCUGGGAAUCGAACCCGCCUUCCAGGAGUUCCAGGACACCCUGUUCAGCCGGGCCUCGCUGACCCUGGAGCGGAGCGUCCAGUCCAAAGAGGUCAACGAGAAGCUGGACGCCGGCAUCUCGCUCUUCCUCACCCGCCUCUGCCCGUACUUCCUCCUCAAACCGGCUCACAAGUGCAUCGAGUGGCUGGUUCACCGCUUCCACAUCCAGCUGUACAACUGCGACAGCCUGCUGGCGUGCGCGCUGCCGUAUCACGACACCAACGUGUUCGUCAGAGUCCUGCAGCUGCUCAGGAUCAAGGACGCCACCAGCCGCUGGAACUGGCUGCACUGCCUGCAGAAACCAGGCGUGCCGUUGUCCAGAGGAACCCUGAUCACUCACUGCUACACAGACCUGAGCUUCAUGGACUUCAUCUGCACCCUGGUCACCAAGUCCAUCCAGGCGUACUCGGGACACUCUGGAAGCUGCUCCCAGCUCAGAGUCAUCUUCUCCUUCUACGCCUCGACCAUCGUCCCCGCUCUGGACGCCGUGGACAAAGUGUCUGACACCGUCAUCUCCAAGCUGCUGCCAUAUGUUCAGAGGGGCCUGAAGUCGACGCUGACGGACUACAAAGCCGCCACCUACAUGAUCGUGUGCCAGCUGGCGGUGAAGGUGGUGAUGGAGGCGAGUCUGGUGGACACGCUCGCCGUGCACAUCAGCAAGUCUCUGCUCAAAGAGCCCACGCUGGCCAAGGAGGGUCUGGGCUGCCUGAUCGUGCUGCUGCAGAACCAGAAGGAGGGCGCCGCUGGGCCCAGAGCCUUCAGCCGCCUGAGCUCCAUGCCCGCGUUGGUUUCCACGCUGCAGGUCAUGGCGGCGUCUCAUGACGUCAGCCCUCUGCUGCGCUACCUGCUGCCCCACCUGAUCCACGCCGUGUUCACCUGCAGCUCAGGUGAGGCCGAGGCGGCCGAGGUCGGCGUGUUGGAGUCCAUCCUGCGGUCCGUUCCUCUGACCAAAGGCCUGGACCAAACCGUGGCUCGUUUGCUGUUGGACCAGUACCUGUGUCAGACCGAGCUCUCUGCUGAACACGCGUCGGCCCUCGACCGGCGCCUGCUGCCUCUGGUCCGACUGUUCGAGUCCAGAUACGGUGGAGCUCUGGACGGCGUCCUCGCAGGUCACGUGACCGACGUCGGCAGCUCGGAGCGGAAACGCCUCUUCCACCAGUUCCUGUCUCUGUCGAUGAGCAGCGGGAAGUACCAGAUUCUGGGCGACUCGGACACGUCGCUGCUGCUCAGCCUGAAACACCCGCUGCCGUCGGUCCGAGUCUCCGCCGUGGAGCACCUGAUGGGCAUCAUCACCUCCGGACAGCAGCAGACUUUGGAGGAAGCGUUCCUGAAAGACGCCGUCGAGGAGCGUCUGCAGGACGACGUGCCGGAGGUCGCAGCCGCCGCUCUCAGAGUGCUGGAGGUGCUGAUCGAUGUGUUGGCCCCCGAGGACACCGUGUCCUGUUUACUGUCGCUGCUGCACAGAGUGGAUCUGUCGGUGGCUGAGCGCUGGCUGCCGGUGCUGACGGAGGCGGUGCGUCUACUGUCCGACCCCCGGCUGGGAAGGGGGGACGGCGAGCUGUUGCAGAGGGCGGGCUGGAGGCUGCUGCCCCUCCUGGUGAUCUCGUCCAACCAUCUCGGCCUCGCCUCCUGCGUCGCCCGAUCCUCCAUCAUCAGCCAACACCCGCUCACCCUGAACUGGGCUCGAGAGCUGGACGAGGUGAUGAAGCGGAGCUCUGAGCCCGACUUCGCAGGUUUGGCCGACCAGCGUCUCGUCUCCACGCUGACCAAGAAUCUGGCCAACAUGGAGCACUUCUGCAAACGGGACGCCAUGGAGAAGCUGGCUCAGGCGGUGGAGCUGCAGCGGGGCUCCGGCCUCAGAGGGAGGGCCUCCUUCCUGGUGCUGAACCGGACUCUGCUGCUCGGCCUCGGCGAGCUGAGCGGCACCGAGCACCUGCUCGCCGCUCAGAGGGUCUACCUGAUGCUGGAGCCCCUCCUGCUGGAGGUCUCCAGGGACGCCGACGCCCAGGUCAGACCAGAGGAGCAGGAAGAAGAGCGCCGCGUCGUCGUGUCUCUGCUCAGAGACUUCAUCUCCUCCCUCAGGUGUCACGACGCCUCCUUCAAAGGUGACGUGUGGUGGAACCCGGAGAAGCUGGACACCAACACCUGCUGCUACCUGGGGCUCACCUGCCGCCUCUUCAGCGUCGUCAUCGGCGGCGCCGGCGAGGGGCCGGCAGCCGGCGGCUUCAGAGAGCUGAUGAAGCUGCUCAUCCAGGUUCACCUGCGCGAGCCGCCGAUGCUCUUCAGGUUCCUGUGCGUGCUGUGGGGAUACGGCAGUAACCAUGGAGACCAGCUGGACGUGAAGGUCGGCCCCGUCCUGCAGACUCAGGCUCUGUACGUGGGCAGGGCCCUGCUGAGCGCCCAGCCGGACGCCACGCUGGAGGAGCUGGCCGCCGCCGACUCACCCGUGGUCCCGUCCUUGCUGUGCUGUCUCAGCUCUCCGGUUCGGGAGGUCCGGAGGGCGGCCCUCGGCGCUCUGCUGAGCCUAUCAGGAGCCGAUGCUUCUCCCUUCCAGCCAAUCACAGAGAGGCUUCUGAAGACCUCAGAGGAGAUCAUCGCCGACCCCUCGUACCUGAGCCAGGCUCUGGGCGCGCUCCAUGAAGAGUGUCAGUCUGUGAAGGUGAAGACGCAGCAGAAGAAGCUGCAGGCGUCGAUGCAGCAGCUGCUGCAGAGCGUUCAGACCUCCUGCUGCCCGUCCUACACCGCCGCCGGCCUGCUGCGAGCGCUGGGACACGUCAACGGACAGUCCGUCCUGUCUGCCCUGCUUCCUGUUCUGGACCGGCUCCUGGAGCAGAGCGGCCCCGACACCCCCACCGUGCUGCGGGCCGAGGCCCAGCUGAUGCAGCUCGUCCUGGGGAAGUACAACGAGGCGUCGGCACCCCUGCUGGCCGAGGACCAGAACUGUCUGGAUCUGUUUAUCAGAGCCCUGAGGACCUCAACCCAGCACCACCCCGACCUCCCCAGCUGCCAGAUCAUCGCUCUGGAACAGGUCACCAAGCCGUUCUUCUCGGCCCUCGGAGACGAGUCGGUGCAGCAGAAGCUGCUGUCGGUGAUGUUCGACCUGCUGGUGGAGAGCAGGAGUCCGCUGGUGUCCAACACCGUCGGCAGCGUUUUCAAAGCGGUGAGCGGAGACGACAGUAACGGCUCCUUCUGCAGGACACGUGUCUGCCGGCCAGGAGGACUUUUUACACCAGUUUCUGCUGCUGAUGCAGCUCCAUGUAGAGACGCCCCUGUGUCCCCCACAGUGAGACGCCCCUGUGUCAGAACAGAGAGACGCCACAGAGAGACGCUCCUGUGUCCCCCACAGAGAGACGCCACAGAGAGACGCUCCUGUGUCCCCCACAGAGAGACGCUCCUGUGUCACAACAGAGAGACGCCACAGAGAGACGCUCCUGUGUCCCCCACAGAGAGACGCCCCUGUGUCCCCCACAGAGAGACGCCCCUGUGUCCCCCACAGAGAGACGCCCCUGUGUCCCCCACAGAGAGACGCCCCUGUGUCCCCCACAGAGAGACCAGUGAGACGCCCCUGUGUCCCCACAGAGAGACGCCCCUGUGUCAGAACAGAGAGACGCCACAGAGAGACGCUCCUGUGUCCCCCACAGAGAGACGCCCCUGU